AUGUUUGGCCCUCGACCAAAGCGGCAGCGUUUGGAGUUUCAGCCAGGAGAUUUGGUUGUGAAGAUUUUGGUCAGCACGAGGACGGCAAGCAAGAUCAUUGGCACAGGUGGUGCUGGGGUCAAGGCACUCAGAGCCCAGAGCGGCGUAACUUUGCAUAUUUGGGAAAACAAGUUCAGAGGUCUGCAAGUCGUUGUUCUUGGAGGUCCACGGGCGAGUGUGGAUCAGGGCGUGACGUUUGUGAUAGAGAAGCUAAUGGAGGAGGCUCAGGCGGGCUCUCAGGCGGCCCAGUUGCCAGGUGAAGGUGAUCUCAGCGAUCUCAGUGUGCAGCUGAGCGUUCAGCUUCUGCUGACGCCCAACACAGUGUCCAAGAUCAUUGGCGCCAAGGGCACAACCAUCGCGCAGCUGCGCCAGGAGUACGGGUGCCACCUGGAGGCAGAAAAGGUCCCAUACAAUGGUGAGCAGGUUCUGAAGGUCACCGGGCAAGGUGACAUGGUUCAGCAGCUGGUGCUCAGACUCGCCGAGUUCGUGGAGGGGGCUGGGGAUUCACAGCAAGUAGCCAACAACGACUAUGGCAGCUAUGGCAUCGAUGGCGGCGGCGACGACUUUGGAACCUGGAGCAAAGGCUCAGGUCCCAAAGGCAAAGGCGGCAAAAGCGUGGUGGCCACAGGCACAUUUGCAGCCCCCAUGGCGACCCCAGGCAAGGGUCAUGGCGGUUAUGGGCCCAGUGGACACUUUGGGGAGAUGCACAGUCUUCUGCAGGCCGAGCAAGACCCAUCGGUGCUGUCCAGUGUCUCCACCAUCCAGUUUGCCAUCCCUGCUGAGUCGGUGAGCCGUGUAUUAGGUAAAGGCGGCAUUUUCUCCAAGGAAAUUGGCAGGAAUACUGGCGUCAAGGUGGUCAUUGACCCGCCAGUGCCCGGGGCAGAGACGUGUGUGGUGACGCUCACCGGCCAGGUUGGUGGCGUAAAUCGUGCCCACUGUAUGGUCGUGUCGCGCCUCCUUUCACAAUAUUAG